AUGCCCAUCAAUGAAAUAAUAUCAUCAGGAAAGAAUAAAUUAGGUUUAACACUACCGGAAGUACCGAAAGAUCCCAGUGAACAGAAUCAUAUUGAAAAUGGUAUUCCGGAUGUUUGCAUUGAACGUUUACAAGAAGAAUUCAAUCAACUGGAUUGCACUGACAAGCAAAAAGAUCGAAUGGAAGAGUUUUUCAAAUCAAAACGUGCUGUGGGAGAAUUAAAACAAGAUGAUCUCGUGAAUAUAUGUGAACUAGGACAAGGAAAUGGCGGAGUUGUUUGGAAAGUUCGGCAUAAACCAACAGAGAAGAUCAUGGCAAGAAAAUUGAUCUAUUUGGAAGUGAAACCGGCUUUAAAAACGCAAAUUAUUCGUGAAUUAAAAGUUCUUCAUCAAUGCAAUUCUCCGUACAUUGUCGGUUUCUAUGGCGCAUUCGCUGUGGAAGCACAAAUUAGUAUCUGUAUGGAGUAUAUGGACGGAGGAUCACUUGAUCUGAUAUUGAAAAAAGUCAUGCGUAUACCUGAACAUAUUCUCGGUAAAAUAACUGUUGCUGUUCUCCGUGGUCUCAGCUAUUUACGUGAACGUCAUCGAAUCAUGCACCGAGAUAUCAAACCAUCAAAUAUUCUUGUCAAUCAUCAAGGUGAAAUCAAACUAUGUGAUUUUGGUGUAAGUGCACAAUUGAUUGAUUCAACCUUACAUACAUUUAUUGGCACUCGUUCAUACAUGUCGCCGGAGAGACUUGAAGGUGCACAUUAUGGAGUAAUGAGUGACAUAUGGUCUCUGGGUCUGUCGCUCGUGGAAAUGGCUGUUGGUCGGUACCCGAUUCCACCACCGUCAAGUCAAGACAUUGAUGAUUUAUUCAAAGAGGAUCCACAUGGUAAUCGACCUCGGCCUGAAGGAUACGGCUGUCAUAAAGGUUUAGCAAUAUUUGAAUUGAUGGAAUGGAUUGUUAAUGAAACGCCACCGAAUCUAUGUCGAUCACAUUUCUCGGCGGAAUUCUGUGAUUUUGUCGAUCGCUGUUUGAAGAAAAGUACAACUGAACGCGCUGAUUUAAAUACUCUUUUACAUCAUUCGUUCUACAAACGAUACGAAACCGAAAGUGAUAAUCAAGAUGUUUCAUCUUGGAUUCGACAAGUUUGUCGUAUGGAUACCGAUGGCACCAAUGAUACAAAUAACCGAAUGAAGUGA